GUUGCUGUCCCCCCGGCCCAGCCUGCUCAACACCACCGGUGACACCAGGCUCAACUCCUCGCCGCAGAAGCCACUGGACCUGAAACAGCUGAAGCAGAGAGCUGCUGCCGUCCCUCCCAUCCAGAUCACAAAAGCCCACGAGUCUGCCCGCGAGGACAUGCCCCCGAGCAAGCUCUCCCAGUCCCAGCAGCAGCAGGCUGAGAAGGAGCAGCAGCAGCCCAGCAGCAGCCCCAGGGGGAAGAGCCGGAGCCCCGCGGUUGGUGACAAGGAAGAAAAGUCCGUGCAUUUCUCAUCCAUCGCAGAGGCUCAGAAGCAGAGUGCAGAGUCAAUGGCUGCCUCGUGCUGGCCCCGUGUCCUGUCCUACCCCCGGGAUGUGAUCAGAACCUCUCCCCAGGCGGAGCCCCACUUGUUCCAGUAUAACCCACCAGGACACCCCAUCCCGCUAAACCUGCAUGACAGCUCUCGCUCGGGGCUGCAGAGACUACCCAGCAUCUCCAACCCUCCUCCCCUCAUCUCCUCCACCAAGCACCCCUCUGUGCUGGAGAGACCUGUCGGAUUCAUUCCCCAGGGAAUGCCCAUCCAGCUCCACACGCCCUACAGCUCCGAGCAUGCCAAGGUCCCUGUUGGCUCCAUCACCAUGGGCCUGCCACUGACCAUGGAUCCCAAGAAACUGGUGCCUUUUCCUGGAGUAAAGCAGGAACAACUUUCUCCUAGAAGCCAGGCCAGCCAGCCAGAAAGUCUGGUUCUGCAGCCGUCCCAGGAGGGCUCCAUCCUGCGGGGUACUUCCCUCAGCUCUGCCUCAGGAGGGAGCAUCACCAAGGGAACACCCACAUCCAGACCCCCUCCGGAGUCGCCCAUCACCUACCGAGGGUCGAUCACACACGGCACCCCGGCAGAAGUGCUGUACAAAGGAACCAUUACCAGGGUAAUCAGAGAAGACAGCCCCAGCAAAGCAGAGAAGGCGAGGGAGGAUGCCGUGCCCAAAGGACAUGUCAUCUACGAAGGGAAGAAAGGCCACGUGCUGUCCUACGAGGGUGGAGUUGCUGCUUCUCAGUGUCCCAGAGAAGACAGCAGGAGUUCGGGAGCUUCCCAUGAGACCACAGGAACCAAACGGACUUACGAUAUGAUGGAGGGGAGGAUCAGCAGGGGCUUAUCAGCCCGUGAUACCUUAUCUGCCAGCACUGAAGGUCUCAUGGGUCGAGCGAUCCCUCCAGACCGACACAGUCCCCAUAACCUAAAGGAGCAACAUCACAUGCGAGGCUCUAUUACACAAGGAAUACCUCGGUCCUAUGUGGAGGCCCAUGAGGACUACCUCAGAAGAGAAGCCAAACAGCUCAAGAGGGAAAACACUCCACCGAGGGACUUAUCUGAUGCCUACAAGGUCAGGUCUCACGAGGGCCUUACUCCUCUGAAAAUGAAACCAGCCCAUGAAGACCUGGUAGCCACAGUGAAAGAAGGAGGAAGAUCAAUCCAUGAGAUUCCCCGGGAGGAGCUAAGACGAACACCAGACAUCUCUCUGACGAGACCUCUGAAGGAAGGCUCCAUCACGCAGGGUACCCCACUGAAGUAUGACAGCGGCUCUUCCUCCUCAAGUACUAAAAAGCAUGACGUGCGGUCCAUCAUUGGCAGUCCCAGCGGAACUUUUCACUCUGUGCACUCGCUGGAUGUCAUCCAAGACCCGAGGAAUCUGGAGAGAGCUUACGAAGAGAGCCCGAAAAACAGGCCAAGCCCAGUGACAAACUCAGGUGGCUCCAUCGCCAGAGUGGCUCCUGUGAUUGUACCCGAGCCAGGCAAGCCCCACCAAAGUGCCCUUGGCUAUGAGGACCACCAAGCAGGGCACAGCACAGCGUUUGGCAGCCACUUACACAGAGGGUCUCCAGUCCCCACGCGGGAGUCCACGCCGCGGCAGCACGAAGGCAGCAUCACUGCCGGGAAGCCGGUGUCCCAGGACAGAAAGAUCACCCCCACAUCCAGAGAGCUCACCAACUCCAAGUCUCCCCACGCCCCCGUAGCUGGCCACCACCACCCCAUCUCCCCGUACGAGCACCUGCUCCGCGGCGUCAGCGGCGUUGACCUGUACCGAGGACACAUCCCGCUGCCUUUCGACCCCGCCGCCAUCCCGAGGGGAAUCCAACUGGAAGCAGCUGCUGCUUACUACCUGCCAAGGCAUCUGGCUCCGAGCCCCACGUACCCCCACCUGUACCCCCCAUACCUCAUCCGGGGCUACCCGGACACGGCUGCCAUGGAGAACCGACAGACCAUCAUCAACGACUACAUCACGUCCCAGCAGAUGCACCACAACGCUGCGGCCACGGCCAUGGCGCAGCGCGCCGACAUGCUGCGUGGACUGUCGCCCCGGGAACCCUCCCUCGCCCUCAACUAUGCAGCAGGUCCUCCCAGCAUGGCACUCUCCAGGGGCAUCAUCGACCUGUCCCAAGUGCCACACCUGCCUGUCCUCGUGCCCCCUACCCCUGGCACCUCUGCCACCACCAUGGACCGCAUUACCUACAUCCCUGGACCCCCCCAGACCUUCGGCAGCCGGCACAGCUCUCCCCAGGUAACACCAGGAGGCCCCACACACAUGACCAAACAGUCGGGAUCAUCAGUGUCUGAACGGGAACGGGAACGAGAGCGGGAACGGGAGAGGGAGCGUGAAAAAUCCAUCCUAGCGUCCACCACAGUGGAGCAUGCACCUAUCUGGAGACCAGGUACAGAGCAGUCCAGCAGCCAUUCGUCCUCCCACUCUCACAGCCACCAGCACUCUCCCGUCUCACCCCGCACCCACGAGACCAUCCAGCAGCGCCCCAGCGUGCUCCACAACACGAACAUGAAGAUCAUCUCUUCAGAGACCCCCACCCCUUCCGUCCUGCGAUCCUCCUCCACCGCUACCACGUCACCGAUCUGCUCUGCCGCCUUCCCCUCAUCCUCCACCCUGCGCUCCUCCCUCAGCGUGGCCGACGGCUACGCGGCCCCGCUGGACCCAGCCAUCCUGCAGAAAGAGGCCUCGAGGGUGCGGGAAGCCAGGUCAGAACGAGCCCAGACUGACAACAACGUCUACACCUCAAAGCUGCCCAGUGGGGCCAACCUUGAACAGUCACCUUCGCCCAUUAAAGCCAUGGAGUCGAGAUCUUUGCCCACCUCCGGACCUGGUUCUUCUCAUCACUAUGGCAGAGGACAGGGGAAAAGCCAGCAGCACCAUCACACUCUGGACCAGCAGCACGCAGCCUCAGGCUCCGAGCAGCACAGUAGAGAAAAGAGUCAAAAUAAACGCUUUUCCAUGCAGGAGCAGGAGCUCCGAGCACUCGGCUUUCAUGGAGGCUACAGUCCUGAGCAGAUGGAAGCAGUGAGUCCCAUGAGCUCACCCAGCCUGUCCCAUGAGAAAGGGGCCAAGCUCCUGCAGGAUGCAGAGAAGGGGCACGGAGAGCAUGACCUGAGGCAGAAACAGCAAGGCUCCCUGAAGUCCUUGGCUCCCGAAGCUGCCCACCUGCAGCACCUGAGGCAGCCUGAUGGCCCCCAGUGCCAGCCCCUACAGUCCAGCCAGAGCAUCAAGGGCACGAACCAGCGAGUGGUCACGUUGGCCCAGCACAUCAGUGAGGUCAUCACGCAGGACUACACACGCCAUCACCCGCAGCAGCUCAACUCCCACAUCCAGACCCCAGUGUACUCCUUCCCCGGGGCGGCGUGUCCGGUGCUGGACCUGCGCCGCACCCCCAGCGAGGCCUAUCCGCAGCAGCAGGAGCACACAGCAGCCUCACGCAUCUCCCCACAGAACGAGGGGGGAAAAAGGUCCCCGGAGCAGGGCAGAGCCGCGGCCGGUGGGACAGAGAGCUGUAUCGAGCCAGUGUCUCCACCAGACGGCGUGGGAGAAGCAGAGCACGCCAAGAGCACCCCGUACCCCGUCCUGUUCCGCGAGGGAGAGCCCAUGGACCAGAGAAUGGGGUCCAAGUCCCCAGGAAACAACACUCAGCCUCCAGCUUUCUUCAGCAAGCUGACUGAGAGCAACUCUGCCAUGGUGAAGUCCAAGAAACAGGAGAUCAUCAAGAAGCUCAGCACGACCAACAAAAACGAGACGGAGUACAAUGUUGGGCAGCCUGGGACAGAGAUUUUCAACAUGCCGGCGACUACUGGAGCAGGGCUAAUCAGUUGUAGGAGCCAGUCGGUCCAAGAGAAUUCCAGUACCAACAUGGGGUUGGAGGCAAUAAUUAGGAAAGCCCUAAUGGGUAAAUAUGACAAGCAGCAGGAAGAGCGCUCACCUCUCAGUGCCAAUGCUUUUAACUCUCUGAAUGCCAGUGCAAGCCUGCCCGCUGCUAUGCCCAUAACUCCUGCUGAUGGACGAAACGAGGACGUGCGCUCCUUGCCAGGAGGAGGGGGAAAGCCAAAGAUCUCUGCCAGGCCCAACAGGCGCAAGGCCAGGUCUCCGAUGCCGUGUCUGUCCUCGGGCGAGCGGCCGCCCUCGGUGUCCUCGGUGCACUCGGAGGGCGACUGCAACCGCAGGACACCCCUCACCAACCGCGUCUGGGAGGACAGGCCGUCGUCCGCAG